AUGUCAAUCCUGUGCCGCUUCAUCUUCCAGAAGCCAGUGCUGCCCGUCAUGAACCCGGAGGAGGAGAGCUCAUACGAGUCGUACGAGUUCAUCGACCUCUCCGGCCGCGACCUCCAGGUCAUCCCGAUCUUCCUGCAUCAACAUGCUGACCAGAUUAUUAUCCUAAAUGUGUCGCGCAAUCCCAUGACGGAUAUUCCGCUCGACUUCAUCCAGGACUGCAAGAGCUUGAAAGAGUUGCGCAUGUCCAACAUGGCGCUGAAGCGUGUGCCAGCCAGUAUCCGCAUGAGCACAACGGUCGCGAGGCUGGAUCUGUCCUGUAACCGCAUUGCCGACCUCGAAAGUUCGCAGUUGCACAGUAUUGCCACUCUCACGUCGCUCAAGGUGCAAAACAACCGCUUGAGCUCGAUCCCGUCGUACUUCUUGCAGAUGACGGCCCUCAAAUACUUGAACAUUUCGAACAACAACUUUGAGGAGUUCCCCACGAUCGUGUGUGAGAUGAGCAACCUCUUGGACCUUGACGUGUCGUUCAACAAUAUCUCGGCGCUGCCCGACGACAUGGCCAACCUUCGAUCCCUCGAGCGUCUGAUCUGUAUCGGUAACGAGCUCACCGAAUUCCCACAGUGCUUCAGCACGCUUCAGAGCCUACGCGUGCUGGACGUACGGCGGAACAAGCUCACGGACCUGACGCCGGUCUAUGCUCUGCCAAAUCUGACGACGUUGCGCGCGGACAGCAAUCACCUUGUAACGCUCGAUACACAGCUCGGAUCCAAGGUACGCGACUUCAGUGUGCCGCACAACUCGAUUACGCGGUUCACGCUUGCUCCGAUUGCUGGCCAAGUUGUUGCGUAUGCCCUCACGCAGCUCAACCUCUCGCACGGCAAGCUGUCGGGCCUGGACGACCAGGCACUGGGCGAGCUGGUCAACCUCACCGAGCUCAAUCUCAGCUUCAACCAAUUUACGCGCCUACCGUCGACGCUCGACAAGCUUGUCAACCUCGAGGUGUUCCUGUGCACGGACAACAUGCUUGCGUCGUUGCCUUCGUCCACGCUCGGGCGGAUGCAGAAACUGCGUCUGUGCAACAUCCACAACAACAACCUCAAAGAGGUGCCCGAGGAUAUUUGGCUAUGUGGUUCGCUCGAGGUUGUCAACGUCUCCUCCAACUUGCUCGACACGCUCCCCGACCCACCCGCUGAAUGGUACGAGAAGCUCAAGGCGAUCCAGGCUGAGAGCGACACCAUGCGCAAAAUGUCGACCGUGUCGGCGCUGACCAAUGUGUCCGACCGGUCACAGAUGGUGCCCCCGGCCGGGACGUCGCUCCGGCGUCUAUACCUCGGUGACAACCGGCUGACGGAUGACGUCUUCCACCAGGUGCAGCUCUUCACGAAUCUCAAGCGUCUCAACGUUAGCUUCAACCAGAUCACUGAAAUCCCUCCGUACACGUUGCGCCACUGCGCGUGUCUGGAGAUGCUGUUCCUUUCAGGCAACAAGCUUACGAGUCUUCCUUCCGAGGAUCUCGAGAUGCUCACACAGCUGCGCGUGCUGCACCUCAACGGCAACAAGCUGCAGACACUUCCCUCCGAGCUCGCAAACCUGAAGCACCUCGAGCACCUUGAUGUCGGUUCAAACGUGCUCCGCUACAACAUCUCGAACUGGCCGUAUGAUUGGAACUGGAACUGGAACACGGCACUGCGAUACCUCAAUCUGUCUGGUAACAAGCGUCUCGAGAUCAAGCCGACGGGCGCGCAGGACCUCGGAGCGCACAAUGCGCAAUAUGGCGCGACGACGCACCGCCGCGACCUGUCCGACUUCAGCUCGCUCACGCAUCUGAGGAUACUGGGACUGAUGGACGUCACGCUGCGUAUCCCGCUGCUUCCCGAUGAGUCGGACGAGAAGCGUGUGCGCACAUCCUUCUCGGAUAUCAACAACAUGAAGUACGGCAUUUCCGAUACACUCAAUUCGAUCGACCAUCUGUCCAUGUUCGACCUCGCCGUGCCGCAUUUCCGCGGGAGCGACAAGGAAUGUCUCUUUGGCAUGUUUGGAAGAUUUGCGCCACAGGUGCCGUCCGGCAAGAUCCCGAGAUUCGUUCAGCAGCACAUCUCCGUCGCGCUCAUGGAGCAGCUGCAGACGCUCAAUCCGGAAGAGGCUGUGACCGAGGCUCUGCGACGGACAUUCCUGUUCAUGAACAAGGCCGCGUUUGACACUCUCUCCACCCUCGAGCAGCGCAACCGCGAGAUGAACGGCAUGGUGACGACUCACCGGUCCAACCUUUCCUCGCAGUUGCGAACGGGCGCGUCCGGCGCAGUCGUGUACGUUGUCGACAAGACGCUGCACGUUGCCAAUGCCGGUGACAUUCUCGUCGUGCUCUCGCGCAAGGGCGAGGCCGAGCUGCUCGGCAAGCGGCACGACCCGACCGAUCGCGAGGAGACGGCGCGUAUCCGUCGUGCUGAGGCGUGGGUCUCGCCCAAGGGUCUCGUCAACGACGACAAGGAGAUCGACAUUUCCCGCGCCUUCGGCUUCUACCACUCCCUGCCUGCCGUCAAUGCCAGUCCCGAGAUCCGGACACGACAGCUGCAGGAGACGGAUGAGUUCAUUAUCAUCGGCAACUCCGCGCUGUGGAAGUGCACGUCGUACCAGACGGCUGUGGACAUUGCGCGCACAGAGCGUGACGACCCCAUGAUGGCAGCGCAGAAGCUGCGCGACUUUGCGCUGUCGUACGGUGCCGAAGGCAGUAUCAUGGUCAUGGUUGUCAAUGUCUCUGACCUCUUCGGCCGGCCUGGUGGGCGUGGGCGUGCCUUCACGGGCGGCCCUGCGGACGACGCGCAGGUCGCGCGUCGUCGUCGCGGUGGCGAGCAGGAGUUUGGUGAUCGCACCCUCAACCGGCUGCAGCAGGAGAUCGAGCCGCCGACGGGCACGGUUGCGCUCGUCUUCACUGAUAUUGUCAACUCGACAGUACUGUGGGAGACCAACCCCGGCAUGCCGACGGCGAUCAAGAUGCAUCACAACCUGUUCCGCCGCCAGCUCCGUCUCGACGGUGGCUACGAGGUGAAGACGGAAGGCGACGCGUUCAUGGUGUCGUUCCAGAGCGUGACCGCGGCGUUGUUGUGGGCCUUCAACUGCCAGAUCGGGCUGCUGCACCUCGAGUGGCCACGAGAGCUGCUCGACAGCGAGGACGGCAAGGAGAUCUGGGACUCGAACGGGACCCUCAUCCACCGCGGAUUGCGUGUGCGCAUGGGCAUCCACUGGGGCACUCCUGAGUGCGAAAAGGACCCAAUUACUCGCCGUAUGGACUACUACGGACCUAUGGUGAACCGCGCCGCGCGUAUUCAGAGCUCUGCGGACGGCGGACAGCUUAUGGCAUCGCAGGACGUGAUCACCAUCCUCCGUCAGCUGCGCGAGUACAUCGAGUCGUCCGAUGACCACAGCCUGGAUGAGCUGCCGGCCGACACGAAGCGUGAGGUGUCGGAGCUGCGUCGCAUUGGUGGCAUCGAGGUCAAGGACGUGGGCGAGAAGAAGCUCAAGGGCCUCGAAGUGCCCGAGAGGCUGUCGCUCAUGUUUCCCAAGUGUCUUGCAGGCCGUCUCGAGCUGUUCACGGGCCUGCGCGCGAAUGCGCAGGUUACGGAGCAGAAGGCAUACGCGUCCGACAAGAGCAUCGACGAGACGCGUCAGUUGAGCGUUAUCGUGCUGCGCCUGGAGGCCCUGUGCGCGCUCGCCAACACGCCGAGUGGAGACCGCACCCCGCUGCCGCAGGAGCGCGUUGGUGGCCCAGGGCCACGUAAAAGCUUGAGCCUCGCCCCUCCAAAACACACCCCGCCAAACCCCCACUGGGGACCGCUCAUUCGCGACAACAUGACCGAGGAUGAGCUUGUAGAUGUGAUCGCGAGCCUGACGACGCGUAUCGAAAAUUGUCUUUCUACCUUGUACCUCAAACAUCUCGGUGGCUUCUCGACCGUACUGGCCGCGCUGGAGCAGGCGACGCGCAUCGACAAGACGAUGCUCGUGCAUGCGCUGAGCCUUAUGAACGGCUCGAUGACAUAG